UUGUACUGAUUUUUCUACGUGACCGUAAAAAAGUUGCUCCAGUAAAAGUUUACAAAAAUCAAAAGGAAUUUGUUAAAAUCACCCUAAAUAAACCAUCCGAAAAGAUGGGUGAUUCACUUGAAAAUCCAGAUGUGUCAUUAGAUGCACAAAAUGCAGUCAUUGUUGACUAUGGGGCCUUUGCAAAUUAUUUGCGUAAGGCGGCCACCAUUUUGUUGCCUGAAAAUAAUAAUGACGACAACUAUCCACCGGCUGCAUUGUGUGACGCUCUAGAAGAGAAAAACAACCAAGAUUGCAUCCGGAAAUUUCUAUCUGAUCCGCAAGUGCCAGCAUUGUAUGUCCAACGUAGUUCGACUAAAGACGAUGAACCGGAUCAGCCACCCGAAGGCGAAGAAGAAAAAACGGCCGUCAGCUACUUCAUCAGCAACGACGUUCAUUUCACCACCAGUCGUAUGGCCGCCCUUGCGUGCAUUAAACGAGGCGGUGUAAUUGAAGCCGAUAAGUCCAUUCACAGCCAGCUGCGUCUGAUCAAUUUCUCCGAAGGGUCACCGUACGAAACGUUGCACUCGUUCAUCAGUAAAUCGCUGGCGCCGUACUUCAAAAGUUAUGUGAAAGAGUCCGGUCGAGCCGAUCGUGACGGCGAUAAGAUGGCACCGUCCGUGGAGAAGAAACUGGCCGAACUGGAAAUGGGACUGUUGCAUUUGCAGCAAAAUAUCGAUAUUCCCGAGAUAACGUUGACCAUCAAUCCGGCCGUUGCGACCGUUAUCAAACAGUGUACCGAUGAGGAUCGCAAGGCGAAAGUUAUCGAUUUCGGGGACAAGGUUGAAGACUCGAGUUUCUUGAAUACGCUCCAGCAUGGCGUCAAUCGUUGGAUCAAAGAGAUUCAGAAGGUGACGAAAUUGGAUCGUGAUCCGUCGUCCGGUACUGCAUUGCAGGAAAUCUCGUUUUGGUUGAAUUUGGAACGGGCACUGCACCGCAUUCAGGAGAAACGUGAAUCGCCAGAAGUCGCAUUGACUUUGGACAUUCUGAAGCAUGGCAAACGCUUCCAUGCCACCGUUUCAUUCGACUCGGACACUGGGCUGAAGCAGGCGCUCGCAAUGGUUGCCGAUUACAAUCCGUUGAUGAAGGACUUCCCGAUCAAUGACCUAUUGUCGGCCACUGAACUGGAAAAGAUUCGGUCCGCAGUUCAGGCAAUCUUCGCCCAUUUGCGCAAAAUUCGCAGCACCAAAUAUCCGAUACAGCGUGCCCUACGUCUCAUCGAAGCAAUUUCGCGUGAUUUGAGCCAACAACUGUUGAAGGUAUUGGGCACACGACGCCUGAUGCAUAUACCAUUCGACGAAUUUGAACGCGUUAUGAACCAAUGCUUCGAAGUGUUCAGCUGCUACGACGAUGAAUACGACAAGUUGCAAGGAUUGUUGCGCGACAUCGUUAAGAAGAAGCGUGACGAGCAUAUAAAGAUGGUGUGGCGUGUGUUGCCGGCCCAUAAGAAACUUCAGACUCGAAUGGAGCAUAUGAGGAAGUUCCGUAGGCAGCACGAGCAAUUGCGAACUGUCAUUUUGAGAGUUCUGCGACCGACCAAACAGCAGGCAGCAGCCGAAAUUACCCAAGCCGACACUAAACAACCCUACAGUCUUGAAGCAGCCGAUGCAAACGCCAUCGAAGAAGUGAACUUUGCUUACGAGAAUGUCAAGGAGGUCGAAUGUUUGGACAUAACGAAAGAAGGAUCCGAAGCUUGGGAUGCGGCCGUUAAGCGCUAUGAAGAACGUAUCGAUCGGGUUGAGACGAGAAUUACUGCCCAUCUGCGUGAUCAACUUGGAAUUGCUAAGAAUGCCAAUGAGAUGUUCCGCAUCUUCUCGCGAUUCAAUGCACUCUUCGUUCGUCCACACAUUCGUGGCGCAAUAAGAGAGUACCAAACGCAGCUGAUUCAGCGUGUCAAGGACGACAUCGAAGCUCUGCAUGAGAAAUUUAAGAUUCAAUACUCGCAGGGUAAAAGCUGUCGAUUGUCUGUUGUUCGAGACUUACCGCCCGUAGCUGGUUCCAUCAUUUGGGCUCGUCAAAUUGACAAUCAGUUGACCAUGUACUUGAAGCGGGUCGAAGACGUUCUCGGAAAGGGCUGGGAGACCCAUAUCGACGGCCAGAAACUCAAGGCCGAUGGGGACAGUUUCCGUGCCAAAUUGUCCACAACGGAAGUGUUCCAAGAAUGGGCGCGCAAAGUACAAGAGCGAAAUCUCGGCAUCACCGGUCGCAUUUUUAUGAUCGAUUCAGCACGAUCUCGUACGGGCCGUGGAAACGUUUUGAAGUUGAAGGUGAAUUUCCUACCCGAGAUCAUAACGCUGUACAAGGAAGUGCGUAACUUUAAGGGACUGGGAUUCCGAGUACCAUUGGCUAUCGUCAACAAGGCACAUCAGGCCAAUCAACUGUAUCCGUUUGCCAUUUCGUUGAUCGAAAGUGUUCGUGCUUAUGAACGCACGCUGGACAAGAUUGAAGACCGUGCUACCAUUGUUCCGCUAGUAGCUGGACUACGCAAAGACGCAUUGGCAUUGGUGAACGAAGGCCUGGCCUUGGUUUGGGAAAGCUACAAGCUUGACAAUUACGUUCAACGUCUCAGCGACUGUGUUGUCUCGUUCCAAGAAAAGGUCGAAGAUCUGCUGGUGGUCGAAGAGCAGCUUGAUGUCGACGUGCGUUCCCUGGAAACCUGUCCGUACAGUGCAGCAACGUUUGCCGACAUUUUGUCCAAAAUUCAACAUGCUGUCGAUGACUUAUCGCUACGCCAAUAUUCCAAUCUGCACAUCUGGGUGACUCGCUUGGAUGAAGAAGUCGAGAAGAAGCUUGCGGCUCGUUUACAAUUUGGCGUAGUAGCAUGGACAGAGGCACUGAGUGGCAACAAGAAGGGUGUUGACUUAUCAAUGGAUACAGAUGCUCCAGCUGCACCGACUCACAAACCUGGUGGCGAUCCGCACAUUCAGCAUGCCAUCCAUGAGAUCAGAAUCACCAAUCAACAAAUGUAUCUGUUUCCCUCUAUCGAAGAGGCACGAUUCCAGAUUACGCAACAGUUUUUCGCAUGGCAAGCCAUUGUAACAUCCCAAAUCCGUUUGCAAAGCUCUCGCUAUCAGGUUGGUCUAGAUAAGCCAGUGUUGGAGACGUACCGUAAUCUGUUGACGAAAUUCCCUGCUGGAUCGGAACCGCUGGAAAAUGCGUAUGAGGCGAUCGAGAAGAAAGUUUCGGAGGUGCGCAAUUAUGUCGAUGAAUGGUUGCGCUAUCAAAGCUUGUGGGAUCUGCAACCGGACACUCUGUAUGGCAACCUCGGCGAGGAUGUCAAUUUAUGGAUCAAGUGUUUGAACGACAUUAAAAAGUCUCGAACUACAUUCGACACUUCUGACACACGUCGCGCCUACGGUCCGAUUAUCAUUGACUAUGCGAAGGUACAAGCUAAGGUGACCUUGAAAUAUGAUUCUUGGCAUAAGGAGGCAUUGAGUAAGUUCGGUUCGCUGCUCGGCACUGAGAUGACUACGUUCCACAGCAAAGUGUCGAAAUCGCGCAAUGAUUUGGAAUUGCAAAGCAUUGAAGCAGCUAGUACAUCGGACGCUGUCAGUUUCAUUACGUAUGUGCAGUCGUUGAAGAAGGAAAUGCUCGUUUGGGACAAACAAGUCGAAGUGUACCGUGAGGCGCAACGCAUUCUCGAACGUCAACGAUUCCAGUUUCCGACCGCAUGGCUUCACGUUGACAAUAUCGAAGGCGAAUGGAUGGCAUUCAAUGAGAUUUUGAAACGUAAAGACUCGGCCAUUCAGACGCAAGUUGCUAGCUUGCAAACGAAAAUUGUGGCUGAAGAUAAGGCGGUUGAGAGUCGCACCAUGGACUUCUUGAACGAUUGGGAGAACAACAAGCCCACUGGAGGAAAAACUCGACCGGAUGACGCGCUACAGCAGUUGCAGUUGUUCGAAAGCAAAUUUUCGCGAUUGAAGGAGGAACGGCAAAAUGUGGCCAAGGCCAAGGAAGCUUUGGAACUCCAGGAAUCGGCUAUUCCGAACAAUAGUACGGAAAAGAUGACCGUUGUCUUGGAAGAAUUGCAAGAUCUGCGUGGAGUUUGGAGCGAACUGUCCAAGAUCUGGAGUCAAAUUGACGAAACACGAGAAAAGCCAUGGUUGUCAGUGCAGCCACGUAAGCUACGUCAAUCUUUGGAAGCUAUGAUGAGCCAGUUGAAAGAGCUGCCAGCUCGACUGCGCAUGUAUGAGAGUUAUGAAUACGUCAAGAAACUCAUUCAGAGCAACAUCAAAGUCAACAUGUUGAUUGUCGAACUGAAAUCGGACGCCUUGAAGGAACGUCACUGGAAACUUCUGACAAAACAACUACGCGUCAACUGGGUCCUCUCCGAUUUGACAUUGGGUCAGGUAUGGGACGUUAACUUGCUGAAAAACGAAUCGAUCGUGAAAGACAUCAUUUUGGUGGCCCAAGGUGAAAUGGCGCUGGAAGAGUUCUUGAAACAGGUGCGUGAAUCGUGGCAAAACUAUGAGCUGGACUUGAUUAAUUACCAGAACAAAUGCCGCAUCAUUCGUGGCUGGGAUGAUCUGUUCAACAAAGUCAAAGAGCACAUCAACUCAGUUGCCGCCAUGAAACUGUCACCGUACUACAAAGUGUUCGAAGAGGAGGCGAUCACCUGGGAAGAGAAGCUGAACCGAAUCAAUGCAUUGUUUGAUGUUUGGAUCGAUGUGCAACGGCGAUGGGUGUACUUGGAAGGAAUUUUCUCCGGCAGUGCUGACAUCAAAACACUUCUACCAGUCGAAACGAGUCGUUUCCAGAGCAUGAGUUCCGAGUUUUUGGCUUUGAUGAAAAAGGUGGCCAAAUCACCCAAAGUAAUGGACGUGUUGAACAUUCCGGCCGUGCAACGUUCACUGGAACGACUAGCCGAUUUGUUGGGUAAAAUCCAGAAGGCCCUGGGAGAGUAUCUGGAACGCGAACGAACAUCGUUUCCUCGAUUCUAUUUCGUUGGCGAUGAAGAUCUACUGGAAAUCAUUGGCAACUCCAAAAAUAUUGCCCGACUGCAGAAGCACUUCAAGAAAAUGUUUGCUGGCGUCGCAUCGAUCAUACUGAACGAAGAAAGCAACGUCAUUCUGGGCAUAGCUUCUCGGGAAGGCGAAGAAGUUAUGUUCAUUCGCCCUGUGUCGACCGUCGAUCAUCCGAAAAUCAACGAAUGGUUGACCUUGGUGGAGAAAGAGAUGCGAUUCACGCUGGCAUCCCGAUUGGCCGAGGCUGUGCAAGACAUAAAACAGUUCAAGGAAGGUGCCAUCGACUCACAGAAGUACAUGGAAUGGUGCGACAAGUAUCAAGCUCAGAUCGUCGUUCUUGCUGCACAGAUUUUGUGGUCCGAAGAUGUGGAAGCUGCGUUGCAACAGGCAACUGACCAUCCUGGUGACAAAAAUCCGUUGAAUCGUGUCAAUACAACGGUGGAAACAACGCUUAAUGUAUUGGCUGACUCCGUUCUACAGGAACAACCGCCGCUUCGUCGUCGAAAGCUCGAACAUUUGAUCAAUGAGUUUGUGCACAAACGUACAGUCACCCGACGACUGGUUGCGAAUGGAGUCACCAACUCUAAGUCAUUCGAAUGGCUAUGCGAAAUGAGAUUUUAUUUCGAUCCACGACAGACUGAGGUGUUGCAACAACUCACCAUCCACAUGGCGAAUGCUCGCUUUUUCUACGGUUUUGAGUAUCUUGGUGUCCAAGAUCGUUUGGUGCAGACUCCACUCACUGAUCGAUGUUAUUUAACAAUGACCCAAGCAUUGGAAGCGCGUUUGGGAGGUAGUCCAUUCGGUCCAGCCGGCACAGGAAAGACGGAAUCUGUUAAAGCGCUCGGUCAUCAGCUCGGUCGUUUUGUGUUGGUGUUCAACUGUGACGAGACAUUCGAUUUCCAGGCGAUGGGUCGCAUUUUCGUCGGUUUGUGUCAGGUGGGAGCAUGGGGAUGCUUCGACGAAUUUAAUCGUUUGGAGGAGAGAAUGCUGUCGGCAGUUUCGCAACAGAUUCAGACCAUACAGGAGGCGCUGAAACUGCACCAAGAACAGGAUGCCAAUAAAAUUACUCAAAGCAUCGAGGUUGAAUUGGUUGGAAAACAGGUGCGUGUCUCAACGGACAUGGCCAUAUUCAUAACCAUGAAUCCGGGUUACGCAGGUCGUUCGAAUCUACCAGACAAUUUGAAGAAGCUCUUCCGAUCAUUGGCAAUGACCACACCAGAUCGUCAGCUCAUUGCCGAAGUGAUGUUGUUCAGUCAAGGUUUCCGCACGGCCGAGAAACUUGCCUGCAAAAUUGUUCCGUUCUUUAAGCUGUGCGACGAACAGUUGUCCAACCAAUCCCAUUACGACUUCGGAUUGCGUGCGCUGAAAUCGGUGCUGGUGUCGGCCGGUAAUGUGAAACGAGAUCGAAUCAUGAAAAUCAAGGACAACAUGCAUCAGCAAGGUGAAACGAACAUCGACGAAGCGUCGAUCGCCGAAAAUCUGCCCGAACAGGAGAUUCUGAUUCAAUCCGUUUGCGAGACAAUGGUGCCGAAGCUAGUCGCCGAGGAUAUUCCAUUGUUGUUCUCAUUGCUCAGCGAUGUGUUCCCGAAUGUUGGCUAUACUCGUGCGGAAAUGAAGGGUUUGAAGGACGAGAUUCGUAAAGUGUGUGCGGAGGAGUAUUUGGUGUGCGGUGAAGGUGACGAUCAGAGCAGCCACUGGAUGGAAAAGGGAUUCGGCGAGACGUGGGUGUCAAAAGUGCUGCAACUCUACCAAAUUUCCAAUUUAAAUCAUGGCCUGAUGAUGGUUGGCCCAUCCGGUUCUGGUAAAUCGACAGCAUGGCGUGUCCUACUGAAAGCGCUGGAACGUUUUGAAGGAGUUGAAGGCGUUGCCCAUGUUAUCGAUCCGAAGGCAAUAUCCAAGGAAGCGUUGUACGGUGUCUUAGAUCCGAAUACGCGGGAAUGGACGGAUGGUCUGUUCACGCACAUUUUGAGAAAGAUCAUCGAUAACGUGCGCGGUGAAAUCAACAAACGCCAAUGGAUCAUAUUUGAUGGUGACGUUGAUCCGGAGUGGGUAGAAAAUCUGAAUUCGGUGCUCGAUGACAAUAAGUUGUUGACAUUGCCGAACGGUGAACGUCUUUCGUUGCCGCCGAACGUUCGGGUUAUGUUCGAAGUGCAAGACCUGAAAUUCGCAACGCUGGCCACAGUUUCACGUUGCGGUAUGGUGUGGUUCUCCGAAGAUGUUCUGUCGACCGAAAUGAUAUUCGAGAACUACAUGUCCCGCUUGAAGAACAUCCCACUCGAAGAUUCGGACGAUGACAGCUUUGGCAAUUCGGGUGGCCAGGAUGAUGAGUUGUCACCGUGUCUAGCGACACAACGAGACAUUGCCGCCCUUUUGCAAACAUACUUUUCGGGUGACGGCUUGGUUGUUCGUUGCUUAGAAUACUCAGCGACUCAAGAACACAUUAUGGACUUCACUCGGCUGCGUGCUCUCAGUUCAUUGUUUUCGAUGCUGAAUCAAUUCGCUCGCAACGUGCUGAAAUUCAAUCAACAGCACUCCGAUUUCCCAGUUACAGCAGAUCAGCUAGAACAAUACAUACCAAAGACCCUCGUCUACUCGUUGUUGUGGUCAUUCACUGGCGAUGCUAAGCUUAAAGUGCGCAGCGAUUUUGGCGACUUUGUUCGUAGCGUUACGUCGAUUCCAUUGCCGAAUAACCCGGGCGUUCCAAUAAUCGAUUAUGAGGUCAACAUUAAAGGUGACUGGGUGCCCUGGUCGAACAAAGUUCCAUCGAUGGAUGUUGAAACUCACAAAGUUGCUGCACCAGAUGUCGUUGUUCCAACGUUGGACACAGUUCGUCACGAGUCUUUGUUGUACACUUGGCUGGCUGAACAUAAACCGUUAGUUCUUUGUGGGCCACCUGGAUCCGGCAAGACCAUGACUCUAUUUUCCGCUUUACGUGCACUACCCGACAUGGAAGUGGUCGGCUUGAAUUUCUCAUCUGCUACAACGCCUGAACUUCUGCUGAAAACGUUCGACCACUACUGUGAAUAUCGUAAAACACCGAACGGCGUCGUACUGGCACCAGUUCAGAUCGGAAAGUGGUUGGUACUCUUCUGCGAUGAAAUCAAUCUACCGGACAUGGACUCGUAUGGAACGCAACGCGUCAUUUCAUUUUUACGCCAGUUGGUCGAACAUAAAGGCUUCUUCCGGACCAACGACCAAGCCUGGGUUUCAUUGGAACGAAUUCAAUUUGUCGGAGCUUGUAAUCCACCCACUGAUCCGGGUCGCAAACCGUUAAGUCACCGUUUCUUACGUCACGUUCCGAUCAUCUAUGUCGACUAUCCCGGUGAAACGUCGUUGAAGCAAAUCUACGGAACGUUCUCGCGAGCUAUGCUUCGAUUGCAGCCACCUCUCGGUGGAUACGCUGAACCGUUGACCAAUGCAAUGGUUGAAUUCUACCUGGCGUCACAAGAUCGUUUCACGCAGGACAUGCAACCGCAUUACGUUUAUUCGCCACGUGAAAUGACACGCUGGGUGAGAGGUAUUUGUGAAGCGAUUCGGCCUUUGGAUAAUCUGUCGGUGGAAGGCCUGGUGAGACUUUGGGCCCAUGAAGCAUUACGAUUGUUCCAAGAUCGCUUGGUCGAAGAUAGUGAACGGCGCUGGACCAACGAGAACAUUGACAUCGUUGCCAUGAAACAUUUCCCGAGUGUGGACUGUGAGAAAGCGUUGAGUCGUCCGAUUUUGUACAGCAAUUGGUUGUCCAAGGAUUACACUCCGGUCAAUCGAGACGAGCUAAGGGACUAUGUGCGCGCAAGAUUGAAGAUUUUCUACGAAGAAGAACUGGACGUUCCGUUGGUGCUGUUUGAUGAAGUGUUGGAGCAUGUUCUGCGAAUCGAUCGAAUUUUCCGUCAACCGCAGGGACAUUUGCUGUUGAUUGGUGUUUCCGGUGCUGGCAAAACCACACUGUCUCGAUUCGUUGCCUGGAUGAAUGGUCUGUCGAUUUUCCAGAUUAAGGUUCACAACAAGUACACCAGCGAGGACUUUGACGAAGAUUUGCGAUCGGUGUUGCGUCGUUCGGGCUGCAAAGACGAGAAAAUUGCUUUCAUUUUGGACGAGUCCAACGUUCUCGAUUCCGGAUUCCUCGAACGAAUGAACACUCUACUAGCCAACGGCGAAGUGCCUGGUCUGUUUGAAGGUGAUGAAUACACAACACUUAUGACCCAAUGCAAAGAAGGAGCUCAGCGUGAAGGACUAAUGUUAGAUUCCAGUGACGAACUGUACAAAUGGUUUACUCAACAAGUCAUGCGCAAUUUGCACGUUGUGUUCACAAUGAAUCCGUCCACAGACGGCCUAAAGGAUCGUGCAGCCACGUCUCCGGCAUUGUUCAAUCGUUGCGUUCUGAACUGGUUCGGCGAUUGGUCCGAUUCCGCGUUGUUCCAGGUCGGCAAAGAGUUUACCAUCAAAGUGGAUCUGGAGAAGCAGCAAUGGCGACGACCGGACUUUUUCCCAGCUGCUUGUGCACUGGUACCGGAUACGCCUUCGCAUCGCGAUGCCGUUAUUAAUGCUUGUGUGUACGUACAUCAGACAUUGCACAAAGCCAAUGCACGGUUGGCGAAACGUGGCGGACGCACCAUGGCCAUCACACCACGACAUUAUUUGGACUUCAUUCAUCAUUUCGUCAAAUUGUAUUCGGAGAAACGCAGUGACUUGGAAGAGCAACAGUUCCAUCUGAAAGUCGGUCUGAACAAAAUAGCCGAAACACUGCAACAGGUCGAAGAAAUGCAAAAAUCUCUGGCCGUCAAAUCGCAAGAAUUGCAAGCGAAAAACGAGGCUGCCAACGCUAAAUUGAAACAGAUGUUCAAGGACCAGCAGGAGGCCGAAAAGAAGAAGAUCCAAUCGCAAGAGAUUCAAAUCCAAUUGGCCGAACAAACGGUCAAGAUUGAAGAGAAACGGAAAUAUGUUAUGGCCGAUUUGGCGCAAGUGGAACCGGCCGUGUUGGACGCUCAGCAAGCUGUAAAAUCGAUUAAGAAACAGCAUCUGGUCGAAGUUCGUUCAAUGGCCAAUCCACCAGCUAUCGUUAAAUUGGCAUUAGAAUCGAUAUGUUUGCUGCUUGGCGAAAAUGCGUCCGAUUGGAAGUCUAUUCGUGCUGUUAUUAUGCGAGAAAAUUUCAUUAAUUCAAUCGUUUCGAACUUCAGUACUGAAGACAUUACGCAUAGGUUGAGCGAUGAUGUACGCGAAAAGAUGAAAACUCGUUAUCUGAGCAAUCCCGACUACAACUUCGAGAAAGUCAAUCGCGCCAGUAUGGCAUGUGGUCCCAUGGUCAAGUGGGCCAUUGCUCAGAUUGAAUACGCUGACAUGUUGAAACGAGUCGAACCGCUCCGUGAUGAAUUGCAAUCACUUGAAGAUCAGGCUGCAUUGAAUAUGAAACAUGCCCAGGACACAAAGGAUUUAAUUUCCCAGUUGGAACAAAGCAUCGCUGCUUACAAGGAGGAAUAUGCUCAGUUGAUAUCGCAGGCACAGGCGAUCAAAGCUGAUCUGGAAAAUGUUCAAGCUAAAGUGGAUCGAUCCAUUGCACUGCUGAAGAGCUUGAACAUUGAAAGGGAACGGUGGGAGACUACGAGUGAAACGUUCCGAUCGCAAAUGUCCACCAUUAUUGGAGACGUACUGUUAUCGGCGGCGUUCAUUGCUUAUGGAGGUUACUUCGAUCAACACUACCGAAGCAAUUUGUUUGCCACUUGGUGUCAACACUUACAAGCGGCCGCAAUUCAAUAUCGUUCUGACAUUGCACGCACGGAAUAUCUGUCCAAUCCCGAUGAACGUCUCCGUUGGCAAGCCAAUUCUUUGCCCACGGACGACCUGUGCACGGAAAAUGCGAUUAUGCUGAAACGAUUCAACCGAUACCCACUGAUUAUCGAUCCGUCCGGUCAGGCAACCGAAUUCAUCAUGAACGAGUUCGCCGGACGUAAAAUCACCAAAACCAGUUUCUUGGACGAUUCAUUCCGCAAGAAUUUGGAAAGCGCUCUGCGAUUCGGUAAUCCGUUGCUGGUCCAGGACGUUGAGAACUAUGAUCCAAUUUUGAAUCCGGUGUUGAAUCGCGAAUUACGUCGUACAGGCGGUCGAGUUUUGAUUACGUUGGGCGACCAGGACAUUGAUUUGUCGCCGUCGUUCGUCAUCUUUUUGUCAACGCGUGAUCCAACCGUUGAAUUUCCACCCGACAUCUGUUCACGUGUGACUUUCGUGAACUUUACGGUUACCAGAAGCAGUCUGCAGAGUCAAUGUUUGAAUCAAGUGCUCAAAGCUGAACGGCCAGACAUCGAUGAAAAGCGGUCUGAUCUGUUGAAACUGCAAGGUGAAUUCCAUUUGCGGCUACGUCAAUUGGAGAAGAGUCUGUUGCAGGCACUCAAUGAUGCGAAGGGCAAAAUUCUGGACGAUGAUUCGGUCAUCACAACGCUGGAGACUUUGAAGAAAGAAGCGGCCGACAUCGGACAAAAGGUGGAAGAGACAGAUAAGGUCAUUGCUGAAAUCGAGACCGUUUCGCAACAGUAUUUGCCAUUGUCAUUGGCCUGUUCGAAUAUCUACUUCACCAUGGACUCGUUGAAUCAGAUCCACUUCCUGUACCAGUACUCGCUGAAGAUGUUUUUGGAAAUAUUCAGCACGGUCCUGUACAACAAUCCCAAACUGGACGGAAAGACCGACUACACCGGCCGCUUGAGUAUCAUCACCAAGGAACUGUUUACCGUGUGCUACGAUCGUGUAGCUAGAGGAAUGAUCCAUGCCGAUCGACUGACGUUCGCCAUUCUGUUGUGUAAAAUUCACUUGAAAGGCACAUCGGACACCAAUCUGGACGCCGAAUUCAACUUUUUCCUACGCAGUCGCGAAGGUUUGAUGUCGAACCAGCGAAAUGUUGACGGUCUUUCGUCGGAACAGAUCGAAAGCGUGAACCGAUUGGCAACCCGAUUACCGAACUUCGCCAAACUGAUCGAUAAAGUGAAGUCGAUGCCAGAGAUUGGCGCCUGGUUGCAACAGGGUUCACCCGAACAAUGUGUACCGCAGUUGUGGGACGAGACAAAGGCGUUGUCACCAGCAGCAGCUGCUACGCAUCAAUUGCUACUCAUUCAGGCUUUCCGUCCGGAUCGAGUAAUUGCAGCCGGACAAUUGUUGGUAGCCACAGUAUUAGGAGACGAUUUCAUGCCAAUGGCAGAAACGGAAUUGGAUUUCACCACAUGCGUUGAGAAGCAAUUGACAGCAAGCACACCGGCGUUACUGUGUUCAGUGCCCGGUUUCGAUGCUUCUGGUCGAGUGGAUGAUUUGGCUACUGAAUUGAACAAACAAAUUUCGAGCAUUGCUAUCGGUUCUGCGGAAGGAUUCAAUCAAGCUGAUCGUGCCAUCAAUUCUGCUUGUAAAACUGGCCGUUGGGUGCUACUGAAGAACGUACACCUCGCUCCACAAUGGUUGAUUCAACUGGAAAAGAAAUUGCAUUCACUGCAACCACAUUCCGGAUUCCGACUGUUCCUGACUAUGGAAAUUAGUCCAAGAGUCCCCGUCAAUCUACUACGAGCUGGCCGAAUAUUUGUCUUCGAACCACCACCAGGCAUUCGAGCCAACUUGUUGCGAACCUUCAAAUUCAUUCCGGUUAAUCGGAUGAUGAAACAGCCGAGUGAACGGGCGCGACUCUAUUUCCUAUUGGCUUGGUUCCAUGCAAUCGUUCAAGAGCGGCUACGUUAUGUUCCACUCGGUUGGGCCAAGAAGUAUGAAUUCAAUGAAUCGGAUCUACGUGUCGCUUGCGACACAUUGGACACUUGGAUUGAUACGACCGCAAUGGGACGAACGAAUCUUCCGCCAGAGAAAGUUCCAUGGGACGCUAUCGUCACAUUGCUGUCUCAGAGUAUCUACGGCGGUAAAAUCGACAACGACUUCGAUCAAAGACUUCUGGCAUCAUUUUUGGGCAAACUAUUCACGGCCCGUAGCUUUGAAGCCGAUUUCGCGUUGGUUGCGAAUGUGGAUGGUGUUGCGGGUGGACCGAAUGGCCAGCGUCAUAUUACAAUGCCGGAUGGAACGCGUCGUGAUCAUUUCUUGAAAUGGAUUGAAGGAUUGGCCGAUCGUCAGACACCAUCGUGGCUGGGUCUACCGAACAAUGCUGAGAAAGUGUUGCUGACAACGCACGGUACGGAUUUGGUUAGCAAAUUACUAAAAAUGCAACAGUUGGAAGACGAUGAUGAGUUGGCGUACAGUGCUGAAGAGGGAUUGGAAACGACCAAACCGCGACAAGAAGAUGGUCGUCCAUCCUGGAUGAAAACGUUACAUAACAGUGCCACCGCAUGGUUGGAAUUGCUACCGAAAUCGUUGCAAACGCUCAAACGCACCGUCGAAAAUAUCAAAGACCCGCUUUAUCGCUACUUUGAAAGAGAAGUUGCCAGUGGUGCAAAACUCUUGUUAGAAGUUAUCAGCGAUCUGCAAGAUGUUGUGUGGAUUUGUCAGGGAGAAAAGAAGCAGACAAACCAUCAUCGCUCAAUGUUGAGCGAAUUAGUACGUGGCAUCAUUCCGAAAGGUUGGCGUCGCUAUACAGUGCCGGCUGGAUGUACGGUCAUUCAAUGGAUCACCGACUUUAGUAACCGAAUUCAACAAUUGCAGAAAGUGUCCAAAUUGGUAUCGCAGGCUGGUGCUAAGGAGCUACAGGGCUUCCCCGUAUGGCUCGGUGGACUUUUGAAUCCGGAAGCGUAUAUUACGGCUACGCGACAGUGUGUUGCACAGGCAAACAGUUGGUCGUUGGAGGAAUUGACACUGGAGGUGACGAUUACCGAACAGGGUGGCGAUGGCAAUCACAAAGACAGCAGCUUCGGUGUGACUGGUCUCAAACUGCAGGGAGCUCAAUGCAAAAACAAUCAAUUGCUGCUAACGUCAACGAUUAUGAUGGAUCUUCCGUUGACGUUGCUGAAAUGGGUCAAAACCGAUGCUACACAUCGCUCUACGAAGCUCACACUCCCGGUGUACUUGAAUUCGACCAGAGCCGAAUUACUGUUCACGGUUGACUUGGCUGUUGCGCCCGGACAGGAUCCGCAUAGUUUCUAUGAACGAGGUGUUGCCGUUCUUACAUCGACGGCUCUCAAUUAAAUUGUAGAAAAUUCAGGGCUACGCUUAGCGAUCGCAGAAAGCCCACUGCUCUUAAUAAUAACCCGCUUGGAUGUUGUAGUUAAAGACAUCCGUUCUAUGCAAGAAAAUAAAUUUUAAUUUCAAAUCA